AAUCUUUUUGAGCCUUCUAUAAAAACACCAUUCAUCUAUCUCAUUCUCUCACUCUCUCCCUACCUUAGCUUUCUGAAAAAGAGAAGCAAAAUGGGUGCACUUGAUUACCUCUCCAACUUUUGCACUGUAACCAGCAUUAGGACCAAGCACAAACCAAUGCAGACAGUUGAGAUCAAAGUCAGAAUGGAUUGUGAUGGUUGUGAAAGAAGAGUAAAAAAUGCAGUGACUUCAUUAAAAGGAGUGAAAUCUGUGGAGGUAAACAGAAAGCAAAGCAGGGUGAUAGUAAGCGGUUAUGUUGAUGCAAACAAGGUGUUAAAGAGGGUAAGGAGCACUGGGAAAGUAAGAGCUAAAUUUUGGCCUUAUGUUGAACAGCAUCUGGUGUACUAUCCUUAUGCCUCCGGAGCCUAUGACAUAAGAGCACCCACUGGAUUUGUUAGAAAUGUUGUGCAGGCAUUUCCUGUCUCAUCCAAUGCCCCUGAAGAGAAUUUUGUCUCACUUUUUAGUGACGACAAUGUAAAUGCAUGUUCCAUCAUGUAA